GUUUGAUCGGCCCACACACCUCGCAGCUCUCUGCCGCAGAGCUGUGAACUUUCAUGGUUGGUGAGUCACCUGGCUGCUGAGUCGGCGAACGUUUGGCACUUUUUAACCGUCAAAGUUCAACUUUAUAGAUCAGGAAACGGUGAAGAAGAAGAAGACGACAAAGCAUCGGAGGAUCUGUGGCGGGAGUGGCAGCGAGGUGAUUGGGUGCCGCAGCGUCAGAGGAGGAGAGUGGUGACUCAGAGUUGAGGUGAACAUCAGCUCAGACAUGGCCGAUGCUGCCUUAUAGUCGCCUCAUGUGGACCAGAUUCUGCAGCUGAACCGUCACCCAUCCUCUCCAACUGUAGAUAAACAUGGCCGUCUCCUGGCUCAUCUGGGUUUUGGCGGCCGCCAUCUUUGUCUCCACCGUCCUCCUGGCUGUCGUCUGUCUGCAGUGCCGGAGCAGAGGCCCUCUGGUCUCCAUCAGGCAAGGGAACUCCUCAGAGGACUACAUGCCAUCCGAUCACUUCAGAGUAAUCCAUCCAUCCAUGCCCAACUCCAUCCACCUGCCGUCCAACCUGCUGUCACCUUUCUCUCCUUCCACUGAUCCUGGAACUCAGCAUAGACACAGAUCCGUCACUCCAACAGAAACUGAAAGUAAUCCAAGUUAUGAGAAUCCAACAGAGGGUCCAGACUACAUAAAUGAGAGCGAUGCAGAAGACCCCGGCUACAUAAUCGUGCUACCUGAUGGUGAAACCCCUCAGAACAAUCAGAGCCGAGCCUCGACGCCCAGUUCAGAUGUUCGAAACGAUUAUGAAAACGUCCCAAAUAAGAAAUCCUCCUCAGAGGACUAUCUGAAUGUGAACCCGCUGCAGCAUCAGACAGGAUCAACUCCGGAUCUGUCUGCUCAGAGCAACAGCGACAGCGACGAUGAUGAUGAUGAAGGGAACUACGUGAACGUGAAUGAAGUGACGCAGACCAUCACAGUCUGACCACAGUGAGCUUUUCUUCUGCUGUUUUAUUUAAACCUGAUGAACGACUGAGAACAGAAGCUUCAGUUGAAAGAACAUUUCUCUCUUGGUCAUUUAGAUUUUUCAGUUAUUCCUGAUUUAUGAUCUGUCGGCGUGAAAACAAACAUCCUACCAGUGAAACGUUUCAGUUUUUUGUCCUUCCAGCUGUUCAAGAGAGAAACGAACUGCUGUUAUGAAACAUUUCUGCAAGUUGACCGCUUGAAAUUAAUACUGGCUUCUAAAUUUGACCUCUAAAAGUUAUGAUUUUUAAAAAAUUAGAAUUAAAAAGAAAAAAAUCCAGAACAGUGAAAUUCCCCCCCAAAACACAAUCAUUUCUUCCUGUCAGGCAUGUUCAAUUCUAUAAAAUUCAACUUCUUUUUUUUUAAAGUAAAUAUUUUUGUCAUUAGUUUGCUCCACAGUGUUUUUUAUGUGUUCAUGUUUGAGCUUUACUUUGAUUUAACUGACAACUCCUGAGAAUGUCUUAAUUCACAAUAGUAUUUUUUACAGUGUAUUUAUGUGUCGUUACUGUUUCUGUCUCUGUAAUCCACUUGUGUGAACUAGAUUUUUCAUUAACUACAAUUCAAUUAAACCUUCACAAAAAAUCCACGAUAUUUGUGUUUAUUUUGUCACAAUGUAAAUUCUAGAGCUAAAUUGGACAAAAUGACAUUUCAACAAUUUUAAAUCCAUUUCAUCAAACUAUAUUAUGACUUCUUUUAAAUGAUUUUGAAUGAAAUACUAUGCUAUAACUUUUUUCUACAAAAAUAUGACAUGCUAUAGUAUGACUUUUUUUCCUAAAUUUUGGACAUCUCAA